CGGGAAGCUGGUGGAGGUGGCGAAGCCCGGUUGAGGGGCGAUAUAAAAUAUGACGAAGAUGAAGGCGAGUGUGGUAGUGGCGAGCAAUGAGAAAACGUUGGAGGUGGGGCAGCCAUUGCGAUGAAACGGCGGAGCAAAUGGAGUGGGAUAGAGUUCCGGCGAGUGGUGGGGUGGAGUAUGACGGUCAGGGUGGUUCGAAAAUGGAAGACGGGGAAUUGGAAGACAAAGGAGGAGAUGCGGGUGUUUCUGCGGGGCUGACUUCCAACAGGGUGGGAAAACGCACAGCGGAAGAGUCGCCGACGCCCGCUGCGCCUAAGAAGCAGGCUCGAAGGAAAGUUGUGGACGAAGCUCGGGUUGCCUUGGAUGCAUCUCAAGGGACGCUUGGUGAACCCGAUGUGAAGCGCAAAUCAAGUGCUCGGAUUCGCAAAACGUCGCAACCCAAGAAUCUCGUGCGGCCAUCAAGCUGCCAAAAAUUAGACGACUCCAACGACGACGCUGAAGGGGUGGCCCCUCGCUUGCUCUCCCUUCAUGACGACGUCGAACAGGAGAUGAAGAAACCCAGUGCGAUAAACAUGACGCAAUGCUACUUCCUCGAGUAUGAUGAGGAGGGCGAAAAGAGAAGAGACCUGUCGAGGGUGGUAAUUGACGUCGUGCAGAUUCUUCGAAUUCUGGAGGGAGAUAUCGCCUUCAAUCACCGAUCGCCGAACAUGGCCACCCUUGCAGGCCUCAAUGCGGCUAUCGAGUCGUCGACUGGGCCAAGGGGCAAGGAUAAUCCUGCUCCGUGGGAACCGCUGGAGUUGGUGCUGGCUCCAAUUAUGCCAUCCGAUUCGAAGAACGAUCCGGACAGGCAAGGGACACGAGUCCUUCCAAAGGACUUCGAUCCCGAUAGGGCAGACGAGUACUUCUAUUACCCGGUUGUCGGGCAGCAUACUGCUGAAGCCAUGAAAAGAGCAGUGGCGAGGGAUUCCGCAGCAGUGGACGUGUUCGGCUUUCGAAAUUAUGAUCGUGGAAAAAAGGAGGUGUUCCAUUGCAUUCCGGCUAAGGACGGAGGACCAAAUGCAACGGUGUCCUUCAAAGAUCUCGUUGCAUCAAACGUCAAAUGUUUUGGGGAUAUGACAACACGAGAGAAGGAAAUCGCUUUGCGCUUGAUGAUCAAUAAGAAAGUCAUCGCCACAACUAGACUAGUUCCUCCUGGGAAGAUGAACAUGACCAACCUCCUCGACAUCAUAAUGAGCGAGAGAUAUAUGAUGCGUCUGUUCAACUACAUCGUUUUCAAAUCGGAGAACAGAGAGGCGAAUGAGUGGAAGGAGGAGUUCUUCUUCGACUGUGAUAAAAUGAAGCAAAGGUUUGGCAUAAAGGCAGGCGAAUGGGAUGAGAAAAGGGAUAGGAUCCCUUUGGAAUAUGUCCGGAGGGUUCCGAAAAGACUCGGUGGAGAGCAAGAAGAAAAAAACCUUAAAAGAGUUGGACCAGGUCUAAAGGCCACGGAGGAGUUAUACAAGGACGCGCCAUUCCACUUCAAGUACUUCGUGCACCACGCCAUAGGGAAAGUGGACUCGCCGACAGCUGAGUUGCGACGAUUGAAGAACGCUGCGCUUCAUCUGUGUUGGGAGAAGAAAGGGAGACGGUCGACAUUGCUGCUGGUCAACACGCACCCGAAGGAGUUGCUGUCCCCGGCUGACGAAAUUAAGAUCGUCAUGCGACAACUUUACAACUGGGACGACGUAGAGGUGAUACCUGGGACUUGGAAGCGUUAUCUCGAGGUCGGGACGACUGUCAACAAGUACGGGAACCGGCAAGUCGAUUACAAGGACACCAUGGCGAUCGUUCUGCAUGUCAAGGGCGGCGACCUCAAAAAGGUCACGAAGUUCCCUAAGUCGGGGGCGGAGCUAGUGGAGCUCAACUUUGAGGAAGACAAGUUCAAGAGGUGCACAGCAAAGCACAAUGGCAAUGAAGGAAACGAACGUGAGGAAUAUGGGCGGUGGGAACGACAUCCGACACGAUUGCAGAAGUUAUGUAGUUCGUUUCAGCAUGAGGAUCAGGGGGUGAUACUUAUCGGAAAGCCGCAUGCUGGACUUGUGUGGGAACUUUUGCGCGCAGGCUAUCAUGUUUUUGCAUGGGACGCGUCGUCCAAAGACAUCUCGUACUUGACGAAGGUAAUCGACAUUCUUGGGAAGGACACGAGAAACGAUUGCACGGUUGAGAGGCAGAAGACUGCGCAUCGUCUGGACAGAGAUAUGUACCACAAGCUGGGCAAGAAGAGAAACAAGAUGUGGGAGUAUAUGUUCCAAGGCCAACCCAAGUCGCCAUUCGAGCAUGACUACACAGUUCGCAAAGCGAUGGCACAAGAAGCAUAUGGUGGUUACCACAAAGCGCAGGUGGGUGCGUUUGCGAUGUUUGUGGCGCGAUGCAAGCAACUAAAGUUCACGACUAAUCUGACAAUGCGGACAUACGAUGGCUAUAGUAACCUCGCCAAGACAACAGAUGCAUGGAGUCCGAUCGAGAGCGACGAGGAGACUGAAACCUCAGACCUCGAUAUUGAAGAGCGAGUGAAACGUUCGCGAGAGGGAAUGCAAAGUGUGUCUGCAUGCAGCGUGCAGAACGAGAAUCAAGAACGAGGUCCCACAAACUCGGGAGGUGCAAGCAGUCCUACGCGUGAUGUGACGGACAGGGCGAGUUCCAUUGACCAGAAGCAAACUGAUUCACCGAUGCCCCUCCUAGCACUUCAGAAUGUAUUGAUUCAUGGCAAUCGUCGCGGGUUGCAGGGAAGGCCUCCAUCUGGAGGAAACGCGGACCACGACAUUCUGGCAGGCGCUGACGAAGAUGACUUGGCUGUUACAGAUCCAUCCCCGAAGAUCAUGCCUGGUGAUGAUAUCCCCAAUUGCAUUGUGCAGGACAGUGCACAACCGUACUUCAUUCAUGAGAAAGUGUCAGAAACGACAUUUAAGAAGUGGGGGCAUCACAUUUUGUGGCAUAUGGACGUGUUCGAGCCGUGCGUCUUCAAGGGGGAGUGGAUGAUGGCACUGCAUCCAUCAUCGGGAUGAAAAAUCAAACAUAGACUGGCAGAAGAAUUGUGGCUAAAAGUGGCGAGAAG